CAAAAGUUUGUCAAACUAAAUCUACAAAUAUAUAUAUUACUAAUAUUCUUGAAGAGCCACCGCAAAAAAUAAUAAUUGAAAAUGACACUAGGAGGAUCAUCGACUACGUAUUCAGCUUGCACAGAAAGCCACAUGUUUUCACAAAGGCAUUGAUCAAUGAUCCCUCCCUCCUCCUACCUUAUAAAUAUAUCACUAGGCUUGCCAUAUCAUAAGGUCCGAAUCACAACACAUCUUUUGCUCAAUUUCUUACUUGUUCCGAAUCAUAACACAGUCAUGGCUACCAUCAAAGUCUAUGGAAGCACCUAUUCCACUGUUGCAAUGCCAGUUUUUGCUGCCCUUUAUGAGAAAGACAUCGAGUUGGAGUUUGUUCCGGUUGACAUGAGAGCUGGGGAACAUAAAAAGGAGCCCAUCAUUUCCCUCAACCCAUUUGGUCAAAUUCCAGCUUUUGAAGAUGGAGAUCUAAAGCUCUUUGAAUCAAGGGCAAUUACACAAUACAUUGCCCAUGAGUAUUUUGACAAGGGAACCCAGCUGGUGAUCCGAGACUCAAAGAAGAUGGCAAUUCUAUCAGUGUGGACGGAGGUGGAGGGUCAAAAGUUCGACCCAGCAGCCUCAAAACUGACCUGGGAGCUAGGCAUAAAGCCGCUGCUUGGCAUGCCCACAGACUCGGCUAUCCCACUUAGCCGAGCCAUUUCCUUUUAUGCUACCGAUUUCUUUUAUGCUACUGAGCCGGGCAAAACCAAUAAAAUAAAGGCAGGCAAUGAAUUUAUUAACCGAGUAUAA